AUGAAAUCAAGAAUAAAAGGAAAAAAGAACACUAAAACACAGCAAAUAGGUAUUCUAGUUGAUCGCCUGCUUAGAAAUGGAAUUGUGGAAGCUGCAACUGAACCAUCAAGAUGUAUAUGUGCUUUGCUUUAUUUGCUUUCAGCGAAUUUGCCAAAGACCACUGACGAACUUGGAGACACUAUUUCGUCGGAGCUCGAAGGUAACCCUCCACUUUGGGUGACAAGAAAACGUGGAUAUCCUCAAGAUGAAAUUUAUAUCAACAAUGCCAAAAUUCUUGACGGUAGCAACUACAGGUCCAAAAUUCAUACGUCUAAUGGAGAAAAAAUUCAGGUUCUGCACAAAAUAUCAGAAGUACUGGAGCCAGUUCUAUCAAACUCACCCGACUCAUUAAUAUCCAACCCAAAUGCAUUUCAAUUCUUGAACCAAAGCGACAGUAUUAACCUUGGUCAAUUUAGAAUAAGAACCUUCCGUCAAAGAGUAUUAUUAAAUAAUAAAGAAGACAUAUUUAAAGCAGAGGGUGGUUACACAUUUUUCAUCCCCGACGAGGAAGGAUUUAAGCCUUCGGUCAGACCCACCAAGAUAGACCACCAAGUUAUUGACGGUCACGUUAUUCCAAACCAUGUAUUAUUCACCGCACCGACGCCUAAUGACAGACCUUACAAUACCUUGGCUAAUACUGAUAAUUUUAAAGUAACUAUUAGCUUCGUACGUGAUCCGGAUAAUUCUAAAAAAAUGUACGUGAAGUCCAACACCCUCGUCGGGGACGCGACACAUCCAACUGGAGUGGUGCUAGCGGAAAUAGUGAAAGCCAACAUUCCUGUUAAAAAUGGCGUCGUCCAUUUAAUCCAGCGGCCGCUGAUGGUAGUCGACACCACUGUCCAGCAAUUCCUCGCGGUCAGUACUAAUUUAUUAUUUACCAGUCCGACUAAUUAUUUAUCAUCGAUACUCUGUUUGUCGAUUACCAAUUAUAAAUUACAUGUGCACAGCUGA